CGCCGCAUCGUCUCCCCCGCCGCCUCACCCAGCUCGGCCCCCAGCCUCCGCCUCCCCGUCCCUCGCCUCCCCCUCCCACCUCUACCAGCACGCGGCCCUAGCUCGGCUGCAGGGCCUCCCGCGCUAGAUCUCGCAAGGGCGUGCUCGGCGCGGCAGCCGGUGACCCCCCGGCGUGGAGGCCCUGGCCGGGCUCGGGCACGGCACUGAAGGCCUCGGCAAGCUCGGCCCACCAGAUCUCGCGCGGGCGGGGGCAGGAGCUAUUGUGGCAUGGCUGGCGGUUGCGAGAGAGAGACGUGCGCCUGGAUCCCCUGCUGCGACGCAUCUGCCUCUACCGGCCGAGUCUCAGCUCGUGCUCCUCCGUCUCCACCUGCGCCGGUCCCGGCCUCUGCUCCUGUGGCGGCGCGUCUCCCCUGCCGCCACCGCGGCGGCUCCGCCUGGACGAUCUCCGCCUCCGCCGCCACCGUGGGAGAGAUCCAGCUCCGCGUGCAUGAGCUCCACCGCCUUCGCCCCGAGCACGCGAGCAGACGCCAGGACUGCACCACUUCCUGCAGCACGGCUAGCGUGGCCGCGUGACGCGCCACGGACCGCAGCACGCGCAUCGCCUGCUCGCUGGCGGCAUCCGACACCCGCCGUGCUGUUGUUCGCUAGGGGCGUGCGGAAGAUGGAGAGGGCAUUGCCGGCAACGACGAUGCGGGAGAUGCUACCCAGAACAUCAUCAACUACCACCUACAAGGCCACACAAACGGUCCUCCAUCAGCUCUACGAGAUGAACCCGCCGUCCUACACUUGGCUCUACAACUACGUCUCAUUAGGUUGGACCAUUAGAUGGCGAUUAUUUCCUUCGCCUGCUCGCAAUGCAUUGUGCUACGGUUCAUUUCUUUGGCUUGGUUCGUAUCUGACAGGAGAGGCAGGACUUGGCUUAGUAAGUGAUGAUCACACACCUUCACCUAUACGGCAAAUGGAUCAAGAUCCCGUUCAUUCCCUAGCCAGAAAGUUGCUAAGAAGCUAUUUACUGGUGAAGAAACUGCAGAUGGCAGUGGUGGCAGUGACAGUGGUGCAGCCACCUCUGAUCAGAAACAGGUACUUGGCUACUUUCAUCAAGCUCCUGCAUGUGAUAUUUUUAUGAGAAGUAAAAUCAAAACAAGCACAUGACUCCAGUCCUACUUUGAGAGUAAACAGCGAAGUGAUUAUUUUUUUGCAAAGAGUAGAAGAACUAAGUAGCAUAUGAAAUGUACUCUGAAGAUGGGAGAAAAUACGAGCAUUGGCUCCAUGAUUCAACUCAAGUUCAGAUCUUAACCUAACGUCAACUUCACCUCGCUAGGUCCACUCCUCAAUAUUCUUGUCAUAGGUACCACAAUCAUGCUAUCCUAGAUGGACCUGAAUAGAGUAGAUAGCAUUACAGCCUAAGAUGAUUGCUUGCCCGUUAUUAGCUUGCUUGUGCAAGCACAACCAUGUAUUGACUAAACAUUGGGAGCUGACUACAUGUGAUAUCUUUCAAUUGAACAAAAUGAGAUCGACAAGGUAUAUAACCACAUAAACUCGGCUGAUCAAAGUGGCCAAGCUAGAUAACUUAAACAAAAUGCAGUAAGAAGACACAGAAGACAGAGAAACAAUCGAGUGUUACUAUUUUGUUGGUCUUUUUUAGUUUGCAACCUUCCAUCCUGUUUUUAGAAACCAUUCAAGUAACAAAUCAAUUGGAAGUUGUUGCUACAUCUCCAUGACACAUGCUAGACAUUAAAUUAUUAUCCUUUUGCAGUCCAAGUAAGGAUGCAUGACUAUUGCAGCUCAUGUUGAUUUUGUCUCUACCAGUUGCGGCCAGCUUUUGUUUGGUCUUCAUCUCCGGCAACAAAAGUCCGAUGCAUGGGAUCUGGAGUCUGCAUCGACCUCCACGCUGCAAUUGUGGCAUAGUGAUUAGCUACCAGCUAGGUUGUUUGGUAGCUAUGCAUAUGGAUGUAGAUUUAUAGUGGCCGUAUGUGCUGCAAUUUGGUGUUUGGAUGUACUGUGGUGUUGAUGAUUGAGAUGCCGGGCAGACACCUGAUGGAUAGGUGAUG